AUGCCAAGUAAGUUGGGACUUCCGAGAGGCCCAGAUAAUAUACCUCCGUUAGAACUCUCUCCUGGGACUGAUUCUAAGAUACCGACAGGCAACGCUAUAAAGCAGACCAUAACUCAGCAACAUAGUGAACAACAGCAAAAGCAACGACAGCAACAACAUUCACAAAAUAAUCCAAACAAUAAACAAAACUCAGGCCUCUCAAAACAAGCAAUAAGCUCUGAGUUUUUAAAGGUAUCUCCCAACUUGUUUACACCAGAAAGACUUCACCUCUUUGAUACAGUCGAACUGUACACAACGUUAAUUAAGACUUCAAAGACGAUACAGCAAGGUGAACGCUUAGGCAAUUUAAGCUGGCGUAUUCUCAAUAAGGCACUUCUACGAAAUAACGAUAUUAAUAUAUCAAAGAAAAGAGAUGGGGUUAAAAAUAUAUAUAGUGUACUUAAUCCAAUGAACAACAAUGGUAACAAUAAAUCUGCAGCCACUACUUUCGGGACUACAACGAAUAUAACAUCCAAAAAACCGCAAACAAGUUUCACCCAAAUACUACCAAAGAAUGAAAAUACUGAUAAAAGAUCAAAAAUCACUGCGAUACGACCCAUGGAGGCUCUUAAUGGUGCUACUGAGCCAAGAAGAAAUAGAAGUAAUGACAGCUUUCAGAAAAAUGAUCAGCAUGCUGAUAUUCGUGGUAUUCUUUCAAAGGAAAGACAGCAUAAAUCGACAACUGCUUUGUUUCAAAAGAAUCACAAUAGAUCAGAAAAUGCUGGUAAUCAAAACGAUAGUGAUUUCAAUAAAUCGAACCAUUUGUUAUAUAAACAAUUUAACCAAAUUAAGCAGAAAAAGAAGAAAGAGGAUCCUCAGAUGGUUAUAACAGGUUUUGACACUAAUAUGGUCAUUAUUAAAAAGAAACACAGCUCAGAUUCUCCGAAUGAUAAAAGAAAUAAAAGUAGAUCCAGAUCGCCUGAAGUUCUUAAUAUUGGAAAGAGUAAUCAUAAAAGAUCAAAUUCAGGUACAUCCCAGGUCUCGGACAAUAACAGCAAGAGUAUAUUCAAGCAUGAGUCCCUAUUUGGCAAACCUAAUAGGCGUGGUUCGGAGUCUAAGCACAAUAACAACAAAACAAGAAAGGAUAACAAGAUAUUUUUUAGCAGUGAGGAUGAGGAUGAAUCCGAUUGGGAUAGUGUUUCGGACAGUUCAGAAUUCUAUACUGACGAGAUAGAUGAGGAAGAUGAGGAUGAACAAUAUUAUAAUAAACAAUGGGAUAAGCUCGUUCUCGCAAAGCAGGCAAGUAAUGACAAGAAGUUGAGCGCGCAUGGUUCGGAGCUCCAAGAUGGCGCCCAUCAUUUAGAGAAAAUACAAUCUAACAAUCUGUCACAACCUAUUAGAAGGAGUUUAUUGAGUGGUUUGUUUCACAAUGGAUCAUCUACAUAUUCUACAAAGGACAGUGGUGAAGAUUCUGGUCGAUCCAGUCUAUUCAACUCUCAGAACUCUACGCCUACCAGUAUAUCAGGUCAAAACUACAAAGUUUCAUCGGCACACAAGCCAACUAUUGAAACUACUAAUGUGACUGCUGUCGGUUCAGUAACGCCUCCUCAUGAUUCAUUUAUGCAACCAUCUCAAUACAUCCGUGAAACCUUAACAAGAUCGACAUCUAAUAUGAGGUCGACAUCUAGAAGGGGAAGUUCCAGUAGUAUUGUAUCAGAAGCCACUGGAGCCAGAUACCUGUAUGAAUCUAAUGCACCACCUACGGCUCAUACUUUGCUACCAACUGCACUGUCGACACACAUGUUUGUACCGAAUAAUAUUCAGCAACAGCGUAUGGCUGUGAAAGCAGAUGUAAAUCAACGAGAAGGCAGAAGGCUAACCCGACGUGAAUCAAUGGAUAUACCUAUUAAAAAUGUUAAGAACUCUGUACUGAAGACAAGAAUGGAGAUAUCAGAAGAGGAAAGAUACCAACGAUCGCAAAUGCAAAGACGGCAUAAAUGA